UGCCAUCUGCUGGCCUAAACUGCACACUACACACUGACUGUCACUGUAAUAAAACAUAUUGUGCAUAGUCAUCAUGGGAACACACGCACACAAUGUUGCAUUCUACGUUCCGGUCAGGCUUUAAUGGCCGGGAUAUAGGACUGUAUUGAUUCGCCACAUGUAUGUUUUUAUUGUGUGUAUUUGUGUGUUAAUGUUUAAGUAGCACAAAAAUGACGCAGGAACAGAAAUAUACAAUGAAUUUCUCUGUGAAGAGUAAGCCCUCACUUUCCUUCGAAGCGAUCUUUGCUGGCAUGUGACGUCACUUCCUUAGCUUAGCAGUUAGCAUCCAGUGACGCUCACAAGCUUCUCCUGUAAAUAUUAUGGUUUCCCUCGUCGACUUUAAAAAAAUCAUGCGGGUUCUUGUCCCGACACUUUGUGCCAGGCCACGCCGCGGUGUGAAUAUUUAAUUCAGAUAGUUUUGUGUUAAAAAAACAAAAACGCGUAGCUAGCUAGCUUGCUUGCUAACAAGAUGUUCGCCGAGCUGAACAGCAUCCUGAACAUCAGCCCAGACAACUUGACCACGGAAGAGUUUGUUCUGCUGUCUGACAGGCGGAGUGACGCUUCUUUCCUCGUCCAUCACUUCCUGGGGUUCUACCUGAGAGGUUGUAAAGUGUGUGUUGUGGGUCUGGCCCAGUCGUGGGGUCACUACAGUGCAGUGAGUCAGAGACUGGGCGUCAGUCUGUCUCAGGCAAAGGACAAAGGUCAGCUGGUGUUCCUGGAGGGACUCAAAGACUCUUUGACCAUCCUGAGUCCAAGUCCACAAGUCCAAACAGGAAGUGAAGCCAUGGACUUCCUCAGGAAUCCUGCUGCUGGUCUUCGUAGUCUCUUCCAGUUUGUGAACUCCAGCCUCAGUCCAGGGGGGGCUGGGGCGGGCUGGGGACCCCCCGUGCUGCUGGUGGACGACCUCAGCGUGCUGCUGAGCCUGGGCGUGGGCGUGGACGCCGUGCUGGACUUCAGCCACUACUGCAGGGCCGCCGUGUGCUCCCGACUGAAGGGUAACGUGGUGAUGCUGCUGCGCUGCGACGGAGAAGAAGACGAGGAGGAUGGCGGCUCGGAGCGGCUGCUGAAGGGUUUGACUCAUCAGAGUAGCCUGGCUCUCCACGUACAGGGUCUCCCUACUGGCUACUGCAGGGACAUCCACGGUCAGGUGGAGGUGUGUGACAGGAGGAGAAACGCACAAAAGAAGACAUUUCACUACAAAGUCCAGGACAGAGCAGCCUCAUUCUUCCCCCCAGGGACGUCCAGCGCUGUCCUCUAGUCGCCGCACGUCCAAACAUCUGUGAGACUGACCAGCAUACCAGCAGGACGGAUUAGGUGCCACAUCGUCUUCUUCUCAUAGCGUCCAAGACUUAAUUCGUCCCCCAUUCUGUCCGUGUCCUCUGAGGCUUUGUUCGUUUGUCCUCUUUGACUUCUGAAUCCUGCAGGCCAACACACAGACACUCAACUAUGCUGACAUGGAUCGUUCAGUAGUAACAUCACAUUUUCAUGAAUACAUACUUUGAAAACAUUGAUGUGUUAUUCACUAAGAAGUAGAGAUGAAUCGAGUCUUUUGAAUGAAUCUUUUGAUGAGAGCCGAUUCCCAGUUGUGAGCAGUCUGUGUAUGCAUGCCACCCGACUGGCAACUGGACUACAAAAUUAGUUAAAAUUCAAAGAAAUUUAGCAGCAUUUAAAUUAAUUAAAAAAUCAAAACAAUAUAUAUUUGUAGAUAUAAAAAUAUAUAUAUUUACAAUUAUUUUUUUAUUUUUUUUAUUUUUUUUUAUUGUAUUUUUUUAAAAUUUGGAUUCACUUUUAGGCUUAAUUAUUCUAAAGGGUAGUAGUUGAAUAUUGCAGUCACAAUUUUGUAGUUUUAUGUAUACAUUUUAUAUCCAUUAAUUAAUUUUAUUCUGACUCUUUUUGUGUGUUUUUUUUCCCAUUUCGUUAAAAUGAGGGAUAAUUCAAACUAGCAGUGUUACUGUCAGAGCAUGGAAAUAUGGCACCGCCUUGUGGAGUGUUUACAAUGAAAACAACAAAAUAACUAAAAAAAAUAAAGCCAAUGUUUUAGAAUAAUUUCCACCAAUAAUGUAAUAUUUGUGUGGGUUAAAUUAUUCUGAUCUACAUCUAUGAAUAUUGUUUUCUUUUAAAAUAAGAAAAAAAAGAACUAUAAUAACAAGCCAGUUUUUGAACGGCUCUUUGAAAGGAAUGACUCCUCAAAGUCUGACUCCCUUCAAAGAGCCAUAAUACCCAUCUCUUCUAAGAAUUAUGCAAAAUGUCAUUAAAUGCUAUCUGCGCUUGUUUCGGACAAGUUCUUCAGAAGCACCGAUCUAUCUUUAAAACAACAACAAAGAGAAAAUUAAACCAAAAUAUGUUUAAAAAGGUGCCUUAUAAGUUGUGACAGCUGAUGUCAAUUUGUGUCUUUAUAAUGAAAGCUUUUUUUACACUGAAUUUAUGUACAUUCAUUUUUUGUGUUAUGAAUUUUGUGAACUGAUUUGUUUUUUUCUACAUCAAAUUACGCUGACAAUUUUAUUGAAUAAUAAUUUGUGAAAAAUAAAUAAAUGUGCCUGUUUAAAAAUUCAA